UGUGGGUGUGUGAGAGAAUUGUGAGGUGAGGGAUUCCGAUAAGCCAGCAGUGAAAGAGAAUUUGCCACCCGAGUGGCCAAGAACAGAAUCUUCCAUUUCCUAAUAAUCCCAUCUUUUUUUUUGCGGCUCUCUUUCCAUUCUUCUCCAAUAUUUCCAUUCCAUCCACUUAUUCCCAAUCCAUUCCCACUCGUUCCCUUCCAUACAAAAAUACACGAAAUUUCAAAAAUUACCCAGAUUUUUUCACUGUCAUUUUCCACUCCCCUAGUGUACAGUGAAAAGCUUCAUGUAUAGUACUAUAUAUCUCUGUAUGGCCUUUAUGUAAACCGAGCAAAGCUCUUCUUCCUUUCAUCCUUUCCGGGUGAAUUCUGUAAAAGUCUUGGGUUUUCUUGAAUUUCCGGCAAUGGAGCGUGCUCGCAAGCUUGCUAACCGGGCGAUUCUGAGGCGGCUGGUUCACGAGGCCAAACAGCUUCGCGCGAACGAGACGCCGGCGGCGGCGUUGCACCGGCCGGCGAGGUACGUUUCCUCGUUAGCCCCGUGCGCCGCAAUGUACGAAAACCAGCGGAGGUACUCCGGCGCCGGAGCUGGGUUUCCGGCGAGCCAUCAGCAGAGGCGGUCCAUUUCCGUGGAGGCUUUGAAGCCGAGCGACACUUUCCCGCGGCGGCACAACUCGGCGACCCCGGAGGACCAGUCGAAGAUGGCGGAGUUUUGCGGCUUUCCAAGCCUGGACGCUCUGAUCGACGCCACCGUGCCUCAGUCCAUCCGUCUCGACUCCAUGAAGUUCCCCAAGUUUGACCAUGGCCUCACCGAGGCUCAGAUGAUUGAGCACAUGAAAAACUUGGCUUCCAAAAACAAGGUUUUCAAGUCCUACAUAGGAAUGGGGUACUACAACACCUUUGUCCCCCCAGUAAUCCUAAGAAACAUCAUGGAAAACCCCGGCUGGUACACCCAAUACACCCCAUACCAGGCCGAGAUCUCCCAGGGCCGCCUGGAAUCCCUGCUAAAUUUCCAGACCAUGAUUACAGACCUCACAGGUCUCCCCAUGUCCAACGCCUCUCUAUUAGACGAAGGCACCGCCGCAGCUGAGGCAAUGGCCAUGUGCAACAAUAUAUUCAAAGGGAAGAAGAAAACUUUCAUCAUAGCCAGCAACUGUCACCCCCAGACCAUUGAUAUCUGCAAAACCCGGGCCGAUGGGUUCGAGCUGAAAGUGGUGACGGCUGAUCUGAAAGACAUUGAUUACAAGAGUGGGGAUGUUUGCGGGGUGCUGGUUCAGUACCCCGGGACGGAGGGCGAGGUUUUGGACUAUGGGGAGUUCAUCAAGAACGCGCAUGCCCAUGGGGUGAAGGUGGUGAUGGCGUCUGAUUUGUUGGCUUUGACAAUGCUGAAGCCUCCGGGGGAAUUGGGGGCGGAUAUUGUGGUUGGGUCAGCUCAGAGGUUUGGGGUUCCCAUGGGGUAUGGAGGACCCCAUGCUGCCUUCUUGGCUACAUCACAAGAGUAUAAGAGAAUGAUGCCGGGAAGGAUUAUUGGGGUUAGUGUUGAUUCCUCUGGGAAGCCUGCUCUGCGUAUGGCAAUGCAGACUAGGGAGCAGCAUAUUCGUAGGGACAAAGCUACCAGCAACAUUUGCACUGCCCAGGCAUUGCUUGCCAAUAUGGCUGCCAUGUAUGCUGUUUAUCAUGGACCUGAAGGGCUUAAAACAAUUGCACAACGUGUUCAUGGUCUUGCUGGAACUUUGGCAUCUGGGCUGAAAAAGCUGGGGACAGUACAAGUACAGGAACUUCCCUUCUUUGACACUGUGAAGGUUAAGUGCACUGAUGCAAAAGCAAUUGCUGAAGCUGCAUACAAACAUGAGAUUAACUUGCGGGUUGUGGACAGCAAUACUGUAAGUCUGGUUAGGUGUACUUUAAAAGGUGCCUCCUGCUACUUAUAUUGUGAAGUAAUUAGACCUGCAUUUUCCUUUCAGAUCACCGUAUCGUUUGAUGAGACAACCACCUUAGAAGAUGUAGACAAACUAUUCAAAGUUUUUGCUGGUGGAAAGCCAGUGCCAUUCAGUGCUGAAUCCAUUGCAGCAGAAGUUCAAAACAAGAUCCCUACUGGGCUAGUAAGGGAGAGUCCAUUCUUAACUCACUCAAUAUUCAACAUGUACCACACCGAGCACGAGUUGCUUAGGUACCUUCAUAGACUGCAAGCAAAGGACUUAUCUCUGUGCCAUAGCAUGAUUCCUCUUGGAUCCUGUACUAUGAAGUUGAAUGCUACCACAGAGAUGAUGCCUGUCACAUGGCCUGGCUUUACAGAUAUUCACCCGUUUGUUCCCGUUGAACAGGCCGAAGGAUAUCAGGAAAUGUUCGACGAUUUGGGUGCCCUAUUGUGUACAAUUACAGGAUUUGAUUCCUUCUCCCUGCAACCAAAUGCUGGUGCUUCUGGAGAGUAUGCUGGACUGAUGGUUAUUCGUGCAUAUCAUCAGGCAAGAGGUGACCAUCACCGCGAUGUAUGCAUCAUACCGGUAUCAGCACAUGGAACAAAUCCCGCGAGUGCUGCCAUGUGUGGGAUGAAAAUCGUUGCUGUUGGGACUGAUGCGAAAGGGAACAUUAACAUUGAGGAAUUAAGGAAGGCUGCUGAGAAAAAUAAGGAUAACCUGGCUGCUCUGAUGGUUACGUAUCCUUCCACGCAUGGAGUCUAUGAGGAAGGCAUCGAUGAGAUAUGCAAGAUAAUUCAUGACAACGGUGGCCAAGUUUACAUGGAUGGAGCCAAUAUGAAUGCUCAGGUUGGUUUGACAAGCCCGGGUUUUAUUGGUGCCGAUGUUUGCCAUCUAAAUCUCCACAAGACAUUCUGCAUUCCUCACGGUGGAGGCGGUCCUGGCAUGGGUCCUAUUGGUGUGAAGAAGCAUUUGGCACCAUUUUUACCCUCACAUCCUGUGGUACCAACUGGAGGCAUCCCAUCCCCAGACAAGAGCCAGCCUCUUGGUGCUAUCUCAGCUGCACCUUGGGGUUCUGCUCUUAUCUUGCCGAUAUCAUAUACCUACAUUGCCAUGAUGGGCUCCCAGGGACUUACUGAUGCAUCAAAGAUAGCUAUAUUGAAUGCUAACUACAUGGCUAAGCGUUUAGAGAAGCACUACCCCGUUCUAUUCCGUGGUGUCAAUGGAACCGUUGCUCAUGAAUUCAUUAUCGACUUGAGGGGCUUUAAGAACACUGCUGGAAUAGAGGCCGAAGAUGUUGCUAAACGUCUUAUGGACUAUGGAUUUCACGGACCGACCAUGUCGUGGCCUGUCCCUGGCACGCUAAUGAUUGAGCCAACCGAAAGUGAGAGCAAGGCAGAGUUAGAUAGGUUCUGUGACACACUUAUCUCCAUCAGAGAAGAAAUUGCACAGAUCGAGAAAGGCAAGUUCGAUAUUAACAACAAUGUUCUUAAGAAUGCCCCUCAUCCUCCCUCGCUACUUAUGGCGGAUGCAUGGACAAAACCGUACUCUAGGGAGUAUGCUGCCUUCCCUGCUCAAUGGCUCAAGACUGCCAAAUUCUGGCCAACUACAGGGCGUGUGGACAACGUGUAUGGAGACCGAAACCUUAUUUGCACCCUUCUUCCGGUAUCACAGAUGGUGGAAGAUGAGGCUGCAGCUUCUGCUUAAACUCCUCCAUGAUGAAGCAAAGGUUUUCCUUCAAAGAAAGAAAAAGAAAAAAAAAAUUUGUCACUUCUUUUCUUGUAUAUACAAAUUACAUCUGAAAUACUCCCUAGUGAGCUUUGGCUGAUGUUUUCAAUAUUCCUAUUCCUGAUGAACAGCUGCUCUGUUAACUAUUUGUUGAUAAUUGCAGCUUUCAGUUGUUGUAUUUAUAACCCCUACACUUUUUUU